AUGCAGAUGUGGAACCGAGCAGGGGGGCUGCUAGGAAGUCAGCUUGCCGUACAGAGCAUGCUCUCAGUGACAGCUCAGAUUCCGCAUCGCAUGCCGUUCGCCACUACGCAUGCAUUCAUCCAGACGAGGCUGGGCGAUCUUCCAGGUCAGGAUGUCUCAGCAUGCAUUGGCCUGUCAGUUCUUCAGAUAUUCUAUGGCAGCGAGCAGGCAUGGCAGGCAGACAACGGCCUCACAUGGCAGGCCGGCAGUAGCUUUGUAUUUUUUCCUGGACUGAGCUUCAACGAGCCAGCCAUAAUCCAUUCUGCUUUCGCCUCUGCACCUAAGCGCCCGGCCCCGCCUGCUAUUCGCUCUGCGGAGCUUCAUCUCUGGCUCAAACGGACAAAAUGCCGCCGCGGGAGAUUAGCUCCACUUCCUGCUUCUACAGUACUAUGGGCGCAGAUUCGCCUGUCACUCUACUAG